AUGGGGGGAGAUGGCGGCCAGGUCAUUGAUCGGGCGACCAUGGUGAAGACCAAGGGAUGGGGUCUCACGAAGGGCAGCGGGGACAGAUAUGCGGCCUCACUCGGCGAGAUGAACAGCUAUGUCCAGAUGGUCUUCGAGGACCGUGGAUUGGGCAACCUCGAGAGGCAUCGAGUUCGCAUGAGCACCUGCAUGAUUUCGCAGGAGGCUCUACGUGAUCCAGUGGUUGCGUGCAAGCUCGGAAACCUUUACAACAAGGAGGCCGUGAUUGCAGCCCUGCUGAAUCGGACGAUGCCAGAGGAGCUCUCCCACAUCCGCGCGUUGAAGGAUGUGAAGCAGUGCACAGUCACGUGGGCCGAAGCCGAGAAGGAGGAGGGGCGGAAGCGAAUGGUUUGCCCGGUCUCGCGAGAAGACCUGGACUCCGGCAGCAGCCGCGCUGUGCUCAUUUGGCCAAGCGGGGCCGUGAUCGCAGCGAAGAGCCUCAAAGAGAUGAAGUUGAAGGAGUGCCCUGUAACCAGCAAGCCCUUUGAUGCUGAAAAGGACAUCAUUCCAUUGGCUCCAGAUGGUGAGGAGCUGAAGAAGCUCCGGGAGCGCUUGCCCACCAAGAAGCGGAAAGCUCAGGCCGCGGCAGCUCCCACCGAGGAGGCCGACGAGGAGGAGGCUUCGAAGCCCAAGGCGAAAGCACCGAAGGACAGCGCAAAAGAGAGCGAGGUGUACAAGAAUCUCUUCACAAAGGACCGCGAGGGCCUGGGAGGUGUGCGCGAUGCCUUCGGAACGCCCAUCUACAAUCGCGGCUCACGAUGUUUGUAG